AUGCCAACUAAGUUUGAGGCUGCCUGGAAAAGACUCAUGGAUAGGUACAACCUCCAUGAUGAUGCCACGAUGGUGGCCAUGUGGAACGAGCGUGAGAGAUGGAUAUCAGCCUACUUCAAAGAAAUUUUCUGCGCCAAAAUGACAUCCACACAACGAAGUGAGAGCAUGAACUAUGUGCUCAAGAACUUCGUAAGUGAGAGACAAAACCUACAACGGUUUGUCAGCCAGAAGGAACAAAACAUGCUGACCUUCUAUGGGUUUGACACCCAGAUGGCAAAGCUUUACUCACGAGUUGUGUACAGCGAGAUCAAAAAAAGGCUAAAACUGAGCACACUCUUCACGGCAACAGAGACGGAAGAGCCCACAAAGUACCUCGUGCGCUACAACAACCUGCAAAAACUGUCUACGUGGGCUCAGCACGCGUUCCAGGUGGUUGCAGACCCCGUGGGAGAAACAUAUGAGUGCGAGUGCAAGCUAUGGGACCACACAGGUAUUUUCUGCGUGCAUGUCCUGUGCAUGAUGCAGACAAUUAAGGCUGCCAGCGUUCCAGAGAAAUACAUCCUCAGGAGAUACACCAAACGCCCGAACAUCCAGCCAACAUUCAACAAAAAUGACUUGAGAACAGUAGCGUCAAACAAGGCAUCCCAAUACUGCAUUGAAAGCUCACUGCUGACGCUGAACAUGAGGUUGCAUAGAAAAAGCUUGAGAAGCCAAGAGCAAAUGGCGAGGUCACGGGUCGUCAUGGACAAACUUGAACAAGAACUCGACGCCAUGCAUUCUGCUGAAAACGGAGGUGUCGCGGACAAUGAAGCCAUUGAGCAGGAUAUUGCUACAAUGUUAUCCGAGAUGAACCAUCUGGGAGCUAUUGACCCAUUCGACAAAGAGGAAGAUGCCACUGUCAACAAGCAAACGCUGCAGAAGCAUAUUGGAGCCGCCCAGGUUUCUACCAAUGGAGACAACACAUGUAACAGCUACACUUGCCGCAAGUGUGGAGGAACUGACGGACAUAAUGCCCGCAAGUGCAAAGUGGGCAAGGAGGUCAGUGGCGCUGAACAGAAACAGGGCAAGGUCCAGAGUUCCAAAAAAUCAAAAGAAGAGGAUGAAGAAGAAGAGUUUGACGAGCAUGACGACCAAUCAGACGAAGACAAUGAAGAUGACAGUGUUGGGGACGAGAAAACUAAAACUGAUGAUGAAGGUGCCAAGGCUCAAGCAGGAAAGGGCGCUGACAAGGGACAACAUUCGGGGCUAGUUAGGAGGAGCUCAAGACUGAAGAAUCCAUAG